UCAAGCAGCCAAUAUAUGCCUUGUUCUGCAGCAGGUAAUCUAAGAUAGACGUAACAGAAGCAAUAUUAAGAAUUAGCAAAUAUGCUAAGUGUAGUGGAAGGCAUCCUCAUUUUUGUUGUAAUUAGUGAGUCAGCAUUUGGGGUUUUAGGGAAUGGAUUUAUUGGACUUGUAAACUGCAUUGACUGUGCCAAGAAUAAGUUAUCUACAAUUGGCUUUAUUCUCACCGGCUUAGCUAUUUCUAGAAUUUUUCUGAUAUGGAUAAUAAUUACAGAUGGAUUCAUACAGAUAUUCUCUCCAGAUAUAUAUGCCUCUGGUAAGCUAAUUGAAUGUAUUAGUUACUUUUGGGUAAUUAGUAAUCAAUCAAGUAUAUGGUUUACCACCAGCCUCAGCAUCUUCUAUUUCCUGAAGAUAGCAAAUUUUUCCAACUACAUAUUUCUCUGGUUGAAGAGUAGAACAAAUAGGAUUCUUCCCCUUCUGAUGGGAUUCUUACUUAUUUCAUGCUUACUUAAUUUUGCAUAUAUUGCGAAGAUUCUUAAUGAUCUUAAAAUGAAGAAUGGCACAGUCUGGCGUCUCAACAUGUAUAAACGUGAAUACUUUAUUAAACAGAUUUUGCUAAAUCUGGGAGUCAUUUUCUUCUUUACUCUAUCCCUAAUUACAAGUGUUUUGCUGAUCAUUUCCCUUUGGAGACACAACAGGCAGAUGCAAUCGAAUGUGACAGGACUGAGAGACUCCAUCACUGAAGCUCAUGUGAAGGCAAUGAAAGUUUUAAUAUCUUUUAUCAUCCUCUUUAUCUUGUAUUUUAUAGGCACAGCCAUAGAAAUAUCAUAUUUUACUGUGCCAGAAAACAAACUGUUGCUUAUGUUUGGAAUGACAACCACAGCCAUCUAUCCCUGGGGUCACUCAUUUAUCUUAAUUCUAGGAAACAGCAAGCUAAAGCAAGCCUCUUUGAGGGUACUACAGCAAUUGAAGUGCUGUGAGAAAACGAAAAAUCUCAGAGCCACAUAGACACCUUGGGGAGAUAUGGAUGUUCCAUGAAAAGAAUCCAGUGAAUAAAUCCUUGAAGAUCUGUUUCUGCACUGCAUUCUUGCUUUGUUUUAUUAACUGUGUCAUUAAAGAUCACUGAAAUCUUCCA